AUGAAGGGCUUGGGUCGCUUCUCACUGCCCCACCGGGACCUCUGGGAGCCUCCGCCACCCGGCGGAGAGUGCGCAUCGUCCUCGCGGCUGCGUGGACCCAGACCCCAGAUCCAGCCGGUGCGAGGCUCCUGGGCUGGGACCCAGGGCGAGGGAGGUGAGGCCGCCACGGCCUUGUCACCCCCGCACUGCUCGCCCGCCCUGCGACCUCGCCGGCGCCGGUCCCCCCACAACGCGCCGCGGGAAAGCCGUAGCCUGAGAGAUGUGACCCGGAGGCCCCCAGACCGCACCAGGAAGCACCGGACCGGCGGCCGGCGCCUGGAAGAUGCCUGGGGGGAGCCAAGGACCCAGCCCCAGCCGCUGGGGAGCAGCAGGCGCAGGCCAGCCUGGCCGCAACAGUCCCAGCUGUCACCCCAACAGCCCCAGCCCUGCCAGCACUACCCUCCAGCCCAGGGAGAUUCGCCCCCACCAUACUCCACGGGCGCUUACACUGCCCUGGAUGGAACUUUCAGGACAGAAAAGGGACGGAGCGGAGACCCGUGGGCAGUGCCGGUAUGCAGAGAUCAAGAUUGCUGGUCCCUUUCCUCAGUUCCCACGGAGAAGUCUUCUGCGCCCUCUCAGGCGGCCAGGACGCUGUCCGCUUGUGUGCACACCCAGAAGAGGGACAGUAGUGAUCGCGUGGAGUUAUUAGCCAGCCAGUACUCCCAGGCCUCAGUCUCCAGCAAGGAGGUGCAGAGCCAGCACACCCAGAUCCUCAAGAACAAGCUGGAAGAGGCAGUAAUGUCUUCCAGGGACCAGAAGAUUGUGUCCCUGGUGCUGACCCGACUCAAGAAAGCCCAGAGGAUGCGGGAGCUGCAGCAGCAGGCGGCUGUAGCCUGGGAGGAGCUGAAGCGCUCGGACCAGAAGGUCCAGAUGACACUGGAGAGGGAGCGCAAGCUGCUGCUGCAGCAGAGCCGUGAGCAGUGGCUGCAGAAGGAGCAGGGCAGAAUUCGCCUGAACGGGGAGCAGCGUGUUGGACGGAAACGGGACAGCCCAGCCAAGAAUAUGGUCCAGCCAGAGAACCAGUGGAAGGCGCAAUCGGAGGACCAGGAGACCCAGCGCCAUGAGAAGCUGGAGGGGGCCCGCCCCGAGGCUGAUCACAGGAAGCAGUGCCAGGUCCAGCGCCCGCAAGAGCAGGAGAAGGUGCUCCAGGACCCGCUGGAGCCGGGCAGCCUGGAGCUGCAGAAGAGGCCAGAGCAGGCCUCUCACAAGCAGCAGCUGCAUGUGACCAGGGGCCCAAAAAAGGUCCAGGAGGCCAAUCUCAGCUCCCUAGUCAAUUACCAGGCCCGGAAGGUUCUCAUGGACUGCCAGGCCAAGGCUGAGGACCUCCUGAGGAAGCUGUCCCUGGAACAGAGUUUCCAGCGGUCCCAGGAGAUCCACCAGGGCCUGACGAGGGAGCGUCACAGAGAGCUGAGGGACAAGGCCCGCGAGGAGGAGCAGCUCCAGCAGGUCAAAUGGUGCGCAGAGCAGCUGGCAGAGCAGAGGAAGGUGCACAAGCAGCUGUUGGGGGAGCUGGCGGACCAGCAGUUCCGACAGGACCGGAGCAACGUCCACAAGAACCUCAGGGACAAGGAGCAGCACAUGCGAGAGCUCAACGUCUUGCAGGAGAAGAACCAUCACAUCCUGAAGCUGAAAGCCGAGAAGGAGGAAAAGUGCCACGUGGAGGGCAUCAAGGAAGCCAUUAGGAAAAAAGAGCAGCUGGAAGAGCUUUCCCGAGAGAGAGAUGCCACCUUGGAGGGAUUCCAGAAGAUCUCCAGGGCCUCUAGGAGAGACAACGCGAGAGCCAACAGCCUCUUUGAUCACAUGGGGCGGGAGGCCCAGCUCCACGUCAGCCAGCAGAGAGGGGGCUAUUGA